CGCGCCCAGCUCCGAACAAAAUUCAACAUGGCGGCACUACACGGAGGAGAAAAGAACGAAUUGUCAUGUAGACCAGCUGAUGAAAUGGAUGAAAGCCAUCCGGACUGGACUCCCUCAUUACAUCUCGGACACACGGAGGUGGAAGCUGCAGAUAACAAGAGACUACAGGUGACAUUGUACGAGCAGGAAGUUUCUCCAAGAGAGAGGGACGAACGACAACAACUGGACGCUGUUGGCAAGACUCAAGUUGUGCCACACAUUGAAGACAUCCAGCCGCUGAUUGAUCGUCAAGAAGAAUGUCCCCCUCAGCCUCAGAGGGGGAGCUCCACUUGGGAGCAGGAAAAGCCACAGCCCCCUUAUUUUAAAGAGGAAGAAGAGGAGCCAGAGCCCACCCACAUUAAAGAGGAAGAGGAGGAGCCGGAGCCACAUACCCUCUAUGUUAAAGAGGAAGAGGAAGAACUCUCAAUCACUCUUGAGGAACAGUGUCUUCUUGGGCCAACAGAGGCUGAUCUCACCAGGUUGCCACUGACUGUUGUCUUUGUGAAGACCGAAGCCCAUGAAGACAAACCACUUGAGUCCUCACUGCUUCAUCACAGCCCAAGUGAGGAGAAGAGAAACGCAGAGCCUUCAAGCAGCAGAUCACCACAACACAUGAGAACAGAAGCUGAUGGAGACCACUGUGGAGGAUCACAAGCAGACAACCUCUUAGCUCCACUAUCAGAUAGUGAUGACACAACAUCACACUCUCUUGAAGAUGAAGACCGCGACUACAACCAAGAAUGUUUGAGCAUCGAUACAGACUGUGAAGGUGAUAUGACGACUCACACUGACAACAAACACUCUGAAUGCUCUAAAAAGACUAGUAAAAAUUUGCUCAGCUGCUCAGUUUGUGAUAAAAGAUUUUCUUGUAAGAGUAAUUUGACUCAACACAUGAGAACACACACAGGAGAAAAAUCUUUUAGUUGUUCUGAAUGUGGUAAAGGUUUUACUCAAAAGGUAACUUUGGUCAACCACAUGAGGACACACACAGGAGAAAAACCUUUUACUUGCUCUGAAUGUGGUAAAAGUUUCACUCAAAAGGUAACUUUGGUAAACCACAUCAGGACGCACACAGGAGAAAAACCUUUUAGUUGCUCAGAAUGUGGUAAACGUUUCCCUGAAAAGGCAAGUAUGGUAGCACACAUGAGAACACACACUGGGGAAAAACCUUUUACUUGCUCUGAAUGUGGUAAAAGUUUCACUCAAAAGGUAACUUUGGUAAACCACAUGAGGACGCACACAGGAGAAAAACCUUUUAGUUGCUCAGAAUGUGGUAAACGUUUCCCUGGAAAGGCAAGUAUGGUAUCACACAUGAGAACACACACUGGGGAAAAACCUUUUAGUUGCUCAGAAUGUGGUGAAAGUUUCACUCACAAGGUAACUUUGGUAAAACACAUGAGAAAGCACAAAGGAGAAAAACCUUUUAGUUGCUCAGACUGUGGUAAAAGUUUCCCUGAAAAGGUAAGUAUGGUAUCACACAUGAGAACGCACACAGGAGAAAAACCUUUUACUUGCUCAAAGUGUUCUAAGAGCUUCACUCAAAAAGCGAGUUUGGUUUCACACAUGAGAACACACACUGGAGAAAAACCUUUUACUUGCUCUGAAUGUGGUAAAAGUUUCACUCAAAAGGUACAUAUGGUAUUACACAUGAGAACACACACUGGGGAAAAACCUUUUACUUGCUCUGAAUGUGGUAAAAGUUUCACUCAAAAGGUAUCUUUGGUAAGCCACAUGAGGACGCACACAGGAGAAAAACCUUUUUAGUUGCUCAGGCUGUGGUAAAAGCUUCACUGUGAAAGCACAUGUGGCGAAGCACAUGAGAACACACAGGAGAAAAACAUUUUACUUGGUCAAAUUGUAGUGACGGGCAGCACGGUGCUCUUGUGGUUAGCAUGUUGGCCAACACAGUAACAGUCUGGAGAUCGGGAAGACUUGGGUUCGAUUCUCCCUUGGGCAUUUCUGUGUGGAGUUUGCAUGUUCUCCAGGUACUUUCCUCCCACAUCCAAAAACAUGCAUGUUAGGUUAAUUGGUGACUCUAAAUUGUCCAUAGGUAUGAAUGUGAGUGUGAAUGGUUGUCUGUCUAUAUGUGCCCUGCCAUUGCCUGGCAACCAGUCCAGGGAUAGUCCAGUCCAGCUGGGAUAGGCCCCAGCAUACCCCCGUGACCCUAAUGAGGAGAAGCAGUGUAGAAAAUGGAUGGAUGGAAAUUGUAGUGACACAUUGCCUUGGAAGUCCUCUUUGAACGGACAAGUGCAGAGUCACUGAUAGUCUCCUAUAGUUCAAGGUAUUUUAUUUGACAGUAUGCUGUAAUCACACAAUGCUGUAACUGAUGAAGUCACUUACUGUUCAAUUAUUUCCAGAGUAAGUAGUAAUUUUGAUUCCCUUUGCUGACUUUUUGUUCGUAUGAGUCACUCAUUGAAGUGAAUCGGGUACUCAAGUCACCCAUCACAAAGCACAUGAUUUGAUUUUGAUUUUUGAUUUACAAAACAAUUGUAUGAAAUAAAAGGGAUUAUAUUGUUGAUAUUGGGUCAUUGUCUUAUAUUGUUGUAUUAUAUCCACUUACACAUUACACGUGUAUAUUUAUGUUGACA